UGUAUGUGUGUAAUGGUCGGUCAAGUUACAGCAGUGUUCAUCUAAAAGUUUAAUUUAAAUUUAAUGAAAAUCUAAUUUUCAACAUGACUUUGUAUCAUUUUGGCAAUUGUGUGGCGCUAGUCUACGUCCCGUACUAUUUAACAUACAAAUACUCAGGCUUAUCAGAAUAUGGAGCCUUUUGGAAGUGCAUCCAAGCCGGAGGAUUCUAUGUGUUCACUCAACUCACGAAAAUGCUUUUACUGGCAACAUUUUCACCCGACUCGGAGAGUCUACCGACCGCUGCCAAUUUCAAUAUUUUAGCUGAAUUUCUACGCAGCAGCGUUGACAUUUUCGAUCUACUCGGCAUCGCUUUCGUUCUAUCCCGCAUUCCCGGUAAGGGUCACAGUAAAUUGAUCAGCGCAGGUUUGGGAUGGGCAGCCGCCGAAGUGAUAUUGUCACGCGGAUUAAUACUGUGGGUGGGAGCUCGGGGAGCUGAAUUCAGUUGGAUGUACAUUCAGAAAUGUUUGGAGUCGAACAUUUCGCUGAUUCAGCACCUUACCACCGCAACUUUGCUCUGGUUGUUCUCUCGUCACGAUUUGACGAAAUCGUUCAAACCAGUCGUUACGAUGUUGCUUAUAGCUACGGCGUACAAGGCAUUAUGGUUGGACGGAGUGUUGCGCAUAUUGUCGACGGGACCGUGGUUAUCAUUGGCAAUCAAAGCUCUAGCUACUUCGUGCAUGGGAGUGUUGAGCCUUCAUAUUUACGGAGGACUUGCACAGACUAUCGGAAUUUAAUUGUAGAUUGUCGCCAUGCUCCGAACAGUUUUCAGUUCUCCUAAAUUAGCUCCUCGAUUGCUGGUUUGGCCGAUAAAGCUUAAAUAAAAGAUUGUCACGUCAA